CCCGCACGGCGCGGCGGCGGGCAGGUAUGUGGGCCGCGGUCCCUCUCCUGCCGCUGCUGCUGCUGCCGCUGCUGCUCCUAGCGCGGCGGCGGCGGCGGGAGGCGGCUGCACUGGAGCCGGCCGGCCGGGCCGUGCUCAUCACCGGCUGCGACAGCGGCUUCGGGCACCUGCUGGCGCUGCGCCUGCACCGCCUCGGCUUCACCGUGUUCGCCGGCUGCCUCUGCCCCGGCGGCGAGGGGGCGCGGCGGCUGCAGCGGGAGGCGGCGGCGGACGCCGGGCGGAUGCGCGUCCUGCGGCUCGAUGUCACCCGCGGCCGCGACGUGCUGGCCGCCAAGGAGCUGGUGCUCAGACACCUGCCCGACACAGGUUUUUGGGGGCUCGUGAACAAUGCAGGAAUCUCCACAUUUGGUGAGACAGGAUGGCUGUCAAUGGAGAAAUAUGAGAAGUUUGCGGAUGUGAAUCUUCUUGGGAGCAUCAGGACAACCCUGGCAUUUCUUCCUCUUCUGAGGAAAUACAAGGGACGCAUUGUUUUCAUGUCCAGCAUUAUUGCCUAUUUUACUCUGGGAAAUGGCAUUUAUUCUAUGACCAAAGCAGCUAUUGAAAAAUUUUGUGAUGCACUAAGACUGGAAAUGAAGAAGUUUGGUGUCCAGGUCUGUAUUAUUCAGCCGGGAAAUUACGCACGAUCUACAAAAAUUCAGCCCCCAGUCAGUGCGGAACAGAUCUGGAGUGAACUCAGCGAAGAGGAAAAGGCAGUUUACAAUAAGGAAUACGUUCAGGAGCGGGCAGACUUUUUCAACAACAUUCUCAGCAAAGGAAGCACAAACGGCAACGAGGUUGUAGAUGCUAUGGUAGAUGCUCUCAUGUCUCCUGCACCCAAGGCACGUUACAUGGUAGCAAAGCUUAAGGAAAAAGCACUGGUGUUUGUAUGUGCUUUAUUCCCAACUGUUGUGAUGGAUUCUGUUUUGUCUUAUGCACUGAGUAAAGUAAAACUUGCAUAGCGGACUUUGUUACUGUUCAAUGACUCAGGCAAUUUGUUAUAACAAACUGUCAAAGCAAGUGCUCUGUGUAAUGCCCCCAGAAACAGCAUCAUAACAUCACUUAAAUGACAGGAACUUUGGAGGGUCUCCCUACCCAGAACUGUCACUUGUUCACAGAGGAAUACAUCACACAUUUACCCAGCAACCAUAUUUCUCUCUGUAUGGUGGAAAUAAUACAAGUAUGGCAUUGUAUGGUUGAAAUAAUACAAGUUUAACGUACAGUUGGAAUACUACAAACAUAGAAAUAAAUAGCCAGAAGGUAACUAAGGAAAAGAACUUACCAACUCUGAGGCCUUCAAGAUAGGUGCUCACCAAUGUUGUGGCUCACCACACAAACUCAACAAAGAAACAAUCUCCAGAAAGAAAUGCUCCCUUAGUGGUGGUCAGCUCUUAAAUGGGGUCUGGGAGAGGUAGAGUCAAGCACCACCCCCUUCCAGGAGCAAAACUGAAUUACCUUCACCUGUGCUCCCACAGCUGACUUACCACUUGCCUCAGAUGGUUAAUCAGAGGUUCAGGCUGUGAUCAACAGUUUCCCUUACACUCUCAUGGAAAAAGAUUAGGCCACUUAUGCUGCUCUAGGUAUUGCCUAGAAAAUGUAACGCAGCUUUUCUUAAUGCAGUACCAAAUUAUGGCGUUAGAGACAUGACAGAGACAAAAUGGAGUGUAUCCUAGAGGGCAACUGCAUCUGAAAUCGUUAUGACAGUGGUGAAAAUACCUUAUUUGUAGGAACCUGAAUAGUAAUUUAUUAGAAGUGAUGGGCAGAAGUUAAUGGAAAAGUUAGGCACGACUAACAGAUUCUGAAAUACUUUCAAUGGAGGUAAGUAGCUUCAGAAAGUUAGGAAGAGCUACACAUGAGUAAUAAAGUUGUGUUUGUACCAAUAGAAACAGUAGCUUGGGUAACUACAGCUCAGUACUUUUUCUGGUGUUAUGGAUAAACAUGUAACAAAGCAUAUGUAUACGGACACUGAAAAAUAAGUAACACAUUUCAUUUACAACUGAAUAUUAAAUUCUAAAUAAACUCUAUUUAUCUAA